UAAGUUCUACCUUGGUCAGCAACACCUACAUUUACCGUUUAGCUAUUUUAAGUGAAGCAGAUAUCAUCACUAUGGAUUCAAACACAUCAAGCUUUCUUUUGAACUCCUCAACUUUUCACUCAGUUUUCUACCAAGACAAACAGAGUGAUGACAUCAUUGAUCUUGGUCUUAGCCUCAAAACUGUUCAACAUGAGGCUUCACAUUCUUCUGCCAACUUGUAUGAUGAUGAUAUUAUGGAUUGGCCUCACUCUAAUCUCAACCUGAAGAACUCAAGCAAGAACUUUGAUGAAGAGAUAGAGGGAGUCCAGAGCAAUGAGAGAUGGGCAUAUGUGAAGGUGAAUAUGGAUAGGGUUACAAUUGGUAGGAAAAUUUGCAUACUUGAUCAUGGAGGAUACUCAAGUCUAGCUAUCCAAUUAGAAGACAUGUUUGGAAGCCAAAGCCUCUCAGGUCUAAGAUUGUUCCAACCUGAUUCAGAGUACUCAUUAUUCUACAAAGACAGAGAAGAUAAUUGGAGGAGUGUAGGUGAUGUGCCAUGGAAAGAGUUUGUAGAAUGUGUGAAGAGAUUAAGGAUUGCAAAAAGGAAUGCAGGCCUUGCUUCCUGUUCAUCCAGAUACAUCUAAAUUUUGUGUCAUUCCUCAUGUUGGGUUUCUUCAGUAGAAAGAAACCAAAACUAUCUUGAUGACCUUUUCUUUUUCUUUUCUUUUCAUAGUUCCUUGAUAACUUUAUGUUUAGUUGGUGUCUUUCCACAUAGAAUGUGAUGGAAUCAGCUUCACUAGAAGCACAUGGAAUGUUAGAGAAUAGAGAGUAAAGCAAGUACUUGAUGGAAAAUUCUCAAGGUGAUUGAUUAUUAGCAUUCAUGUGGGCUAUUACA